GGGCGACCAGGGGCCCGAGCGCAGCGGUUGGCGGCGGACGGCGGGAGAUCGCUGGCCAGCGCGGCGCCACACUCGCUAGGUGGAGGAGAUCGGCGCUCCGCCGGAUGAGCACGAGCCUGGGAGAUGGCAGUGAUGGAAGUGGCCUGCCCAGGCGCCCCUUGCUCAGCUGUUGGGCAGCAGAAAGAGCUCACCAAAGCCAAGGAGAAGACACCAUCACUAGGAAAGAAGCAGAGCUGCAUCUACAAACUUGAGGCUGUGGAGAAGAGCCCUGUGUUCUGUGGGAAGUGGGAGGUCCUGAAUGACGUGAUUACCAAAGGCACAGCGAAGGAAGGUUCUGAGGGCGGGCCUUCCGCAAUCUCCAUCAUUGCCCAGGCUGAAUGUGAGAAUAGCCAAGAGUUCAGCCCUACCUUUUCAGAGCGCAUUUUCAUCGCAGGAUCGCAGCAGUACAGUCAGUCUGAGAGUCUUGAUCAAAUCCCCAACAAUGUGGCCCAUGCAACUGAGGGCAAAAUGGCCCAAGUGUGCCGGAAGGGAAAGCGUCGCAGCAAAGCCCGGAAGAAACGGAAGAAGAAGUCCAAGUCCCUGGCCCAGGCAGGAGUGGCCUUAGCCAAACCCCUGCCCAGAACCCCUGAGCAAGAGAGCUGCACGGUCCCAAUACAGGAAGAUGAGUCUCCAUUAGGCAACCUCUAUGCCAGAAAUGUUCCCCAGUUCACUAAGCCUCUGAAAGAACCAGGCUUUAGUCACCUCUGCUUUAAGAAACGAGGAGAGGGCCUGCGGCCAGCGCUGCCUCGACCGGAACUCCACAAACUGAUCAGCCCCUUGCAGUGUCUAAACCAUGUGUGGAAACUCCACCACCCCCAGGACAUAGGCCCCCUGCCCCAUUCCACUCACCCUUUCCCCUAUAGCGGACUGCCCCAUCCUUUCCCAUUCCACCCUCUCAAACCCUGGAAACCCCAUCCUCUGGAAUCUUUCCUUGACAAACUAGCUGGCGUAAGUAGCCAGCAGCCCCUCCCUGGCCCACACCUGAGCAAGCUGGCCUUUGGAAACAGUCAGAAGCCCCUGAGCAGCUCACAUCUGGAAUCUAGCUACCCAUCUCGUGAUGUCCAUGAGAAGUUUCCUGUGGAGGAAUACUUGGUACAUGCACUACAAGGGAGUGUGAGCUCAGGCCAGGCACAUGGCCUGGCCAGCCUGGCUAAGACUUGGUCAGCAGGCAGCUCUAAGCCCCAGAGACUCAGCCCUGAAACUGAGGACAACGAGGGAGUCUUGCUUACAGAGAAACUCAAGCCAGUGGAUUAUGAGUACCGAGAAGAGGUCCAUUGGGUGACACACCAGCCACGUUUGGGCAGAGGCUCCUUCGGUGAGGUCCACAGAAUGAAGGACAAGCAGACAGGCUUCCAGUGUGCUGUCAAAAAGGUGCGGGUCGAAGUGUUUCGGGCAGAGGAACUGAUGGCCUGUGCUGGACUGACCUCACCCCGAAUUGUACCUCUCUAUGGAGCUGUGAGAGAAGGUCUAUGGAUCAACAUCUUCAUGGAGCUGCUAGAAGGUGGCUCACUAGGCCAGCUCAUAAAGCAAAAGGGCUGUCUGCCAGAAGACCGGGCCCUUUACUACCUUGGCCAGGCCCUGGAGGGGCUAGAAUAUCUCCAUAUACGAAGGAUUCUGCAUGGUGAUGUCAAAGCUGACAAUGUGCUCCUGUCCAGCGAUGGGAGCCGAGCAGCCCUCUGUGACUUUGGCCAUGCCUUGUGCCUGCAACCAGAUGGCCUAGGGAAAUCCUUACUCACAGGUGACUACAUCCCUGGCACAGAAACACACAUGGCCCCAGAAGUGGUGAUGGGGAAGCCCUGUGAUGCCAAGGUGGACAUCUGGAGCAGCUGCUGCAUGAUGCUCCACAUGCUCAAUGGCUGCCAUCCCUGGACUCAGUACUUCCGAGGCCCACUCUGCCUCAAGAUUGCCAGUGAACCUCCACCUGUACGGGAGAUUCCACCCUCCUGUGCACCCCUCACAGCCCAAGCCAUCCAAGAGGGGCUCAGGAAAGAGCCUAUCCACCGAGCAUCUGCCAUGGAGCUCCGAGGGAAGGUGAGCCAGGCACUGCAGCAAGUGGGAGGCCUGAAAAGCCCUUGGAAGGGCGAAUACAAAGAACCGAGACCUCCACCCCCAGACCAAGCCACUUGCCACCAGACCCUGCAUGCCCCACCAAGGGAGCACUCACCAGCCAAGGACAGCACAGAUGGGUCCCCUAAACCUCAGCCUCCUCUACUGCCAGAACCUCCAGAACAGAACAAGGCCCCAGCCCUGAACCUGAGCAAAGAAGAGUCUGGCAUGUGGGAACCCCUGCCUCUGUCCUCACUGGACCUGACCCCUGUCAAGAGCCCCAGCUCCCCAGAGCGGAGGGCAACCUUCCCAGAGCUGGAACUACAGCAGCUGGAGAUAGAACUGUUUCUCAACAGCCUGUCCCAGCCUUUUUCUCUGGAGGAACAGGAACAGAUUCUCUCAUGCCUCAGCAUUGACAGCCUCUCACUGUCAGAUGACAGUGAAAAGAACCCAUCAAAGGCCUCUCAGAGCUCAAGAGACACCCUGAGUUCCGGCGUACACUCAUGGAACAGCCAGGCCGAGGCACGGAGCUCCAGCUGCAACAUGGUGCUGGCCCGGGGUCGGCCCACUGACACCCCAAGCUACUUCAAUGGUGUCAAAGUCCAAAUACAGUCUCUCAAUGGUGAACACCUUCACAUCCGGGAAUUCCACCGGGUCAAGGUGGGAGACAUUGCAACUGGCAUCAGCAGCCAGAUCCCAGCCACAGCCUUCAGCUUGGUGACCAAAGAUGGACAGCCUGUUCGCUAUGACAUGGAGGUGCCAGACUCGGGCAUCGACCUGCAGUGCACCCUGGCCCCUGAUGGCAGCUUUGCAUGGAGCUGGAGGGUCAAACAUGGCCAGCUGGAGAACCGACCCUAGCUCUGCCUUCUACCACCAGUACCGCUCUGCCCACAGCAGGCUUCCUUUGAAUCUCCAUGCUCAGUGCCACCCUGAGGUGCAGACUUAGUCUACUCAGAGGGAUCUGCCAGCCCCUGGCUCAGCAGUGAAAGCAGGGCUUGUAGCAGAAAAGGGGGCAAGUGAAACACUUCCCAGGACUUCCCACCUGAGUCCUGCCAGUUCCUUGGCAAGAGAAACUCCACCCAUGUGAGGAAACAGGGAGGAAAGUAGUGGUCCCAUCCCCCAGGAAGAGAGGGAGUGUUGUCUGUGCUACUCCAAACAAGAUAGCCUGACCCAUUUGGACCAGUGAGCACUUGGGGAGUAUCUUCUAGCCUGGUUCAGAAGGAGCAGGUGCCCCCAUGCAGGUAGGAGGGUCUCCAAGAGCUCCCACCCAGCUCAUAAAGGGCAAGGCAGCAGGUGUGCCUGCCCAGGGCCUAAUGGAGUCUCUCACCAUCUGUCUGGUCUCCCUGGCUGUGGACUCAGGUGGGAUGGAGGGAGCAGAAAAGAGGCUGGCCCCUUGGUAGGAUGCACCAUACCUUCAGGUUGUGGCCACCCAUGUCCUGAGUUGAAUUCCAGUUCAACCAAGGACCGUAGAUGGUAUCGCAGAGAAGUGCUCAGCCCCCAAGCCUGUGACUGAUGGCCACCACUUCUCAGAGCAUCAGGCCUCAUUGAGGCCUACCCUGUGACAAGCUGGCACUCUAUUCCCUCAUCUGUGAAAAUGAAGGGUAGCAUGAGAGCCACCUGACAGGAAUGGUCUGUGAAUGAUAGAUGCUAAAGAAAGCCACAGUUGCAAAACUUGCUGCCCCCAGGGCACAUAGUCAACAUUCAGCAUGCCAUCUUCAUGAUGGCAGAACGCUGCCAGCAGCACUUUGCACUCCGAUGACCUCAAAGCACUUUCCUGGCUGCCCUCCAGCAGAGCACUGGCUCUGCAUGGGCACCGGCAGGCCAGGGGAUGGGGAAGGGACUCAGUCUUGACCCAUCCACAUGGGCAUAACUCCUCAAGCCUCUUUCAGAUUUAAGAUGAGCACCCUUAACCCCGUUGCCCUAGCCAAGGCUUUUCUGUUAGGGCUUGGGAAUAGUUGCUCAAGACUCAUGUAGCAUUAAGUUAACUGUGAAUCAUUGUGGGGAGAGAGACAGACUCCCUCCUCGGGAGACUCUCACCCCCAUCCAGACAGGGUAGCCUCUGUGCAGCUAUUUGCAUGGACCCAGGCUGCCCCUGGGCCCCGCAGAUGAAGACCUGCAGCCACAGUGCUGCAGCGUUUGGAAUGUACAGAGCUCUGUAAGCAAUAAAAUUUGGCGUGAU